AUGAGGUGGGGUAUGUCAAAGACAGAGAGAGAAACAUACGAUGCCAGUCUACCAAUUUCUACUGAAGAGAAUGAUGGAAAUGGCAAGAGAACUAGAGUUGAUGAUGAUGGUGACACCGUCUUGCCAAGUGGUGGGAGCUUCGUAUCUGGAGGUAUAUCUCGACCAGAUGGUGUAAAGAAAGCUAAGGCCAGAAGAAAAGGAAAAGGGGCAGAAUCAUCAGAGGCAGUUUCGUCUUUUGGAAGUCGUUUGCAAGCUAACACUGAAAUGAGGAAUAAUGAGCACGAACUAAAUUUAAAGAGAUUCGAGCAAGUAGCAGAAAAGACUAUAAUGAGGAGUUCAAGCUCAGAAUCUGCUGAUGAAAAUCCAUACAGAGAAGUUGAUCGAAUGGUUGACGAUUUUGUCACUCAUCACUUACCAAACACAUUCUUUCCACGAGGUCCUAGACUUCGAAAUGAGAAUGAUACCAUUCCGAUUCGAGCAGAUAGACACCGUGAAGAAGGGCAUAACCGCUUGUUUAAUGAUUACUUUGCGGAAAAUCCAAGAAGAAAUGCUGCCGGAAAAUUAGGGUUAUCAGGAUUGCAAAAAUGCACUGCAGCUAUCAGGAUGUUAGCGUAUUCUUUGGCUCCGGAUGCAAUUGAUGAAUAUCUGCGAAUGGGUGAAACAACUUCAAAAAAAUCAUUAUUACAUUUCACUCAAGGGGUAAUCAAGAAUUUUGAAGAGGAUUACCUAAGAAGUCCUACUGAUGAAGACUUAAGGAGGAUCCUUUAUCAAAAUGAAAUGCGCGGAUUUCCAGGCAUGAUCGGUAGUAUUGAUUGUAUGCACUGGGAAUGGAAGAACUGUCCUACUGCAUGGAGAGGUAAGGCACCUCCUAUAACUUUUCAGGUGAACGAACAUGAAUACAACAUGGGGUACUACCUCACAUAUGGUAUUUAUCCAAAUUGGGCUACGUUCAUUCAAGGAUUUUCUAGUCCCCAACUUGAAACGGAAAGGUUGUUUGCUAACAGACAAGCGCAUGUUCCUAAGGAUGUUGAACGUGCGUUUGGAGUUUUGCAAGCAAGAUUCGCCAUUGUACGACAACUAUCUCUGGCUUACGAUGAAGAUAUAUUAGGCGAUAUAAUGAAGGCUUGUAUCAUCUUACACAACAUGAUAGUUGAGGAUGAACGAGAUAUGUAUGUCCGAGCUGAUGUGUUACGAAGGUACUAUGAAGAAGACCUUUCGAGCUUAACCGCAACAGUGAAUAAUGGUGAACCCUUUGAGUUCCAGACUGGACAACCCUUCUCCAUUAACGCAUUAUUGGGGAGAAUAACAGCUUUGCGUAGCAGUUAA